AUGGAGUUCAGUACACAUUUUGUGUUUGAUAUCUUGGUGAUUUUAUUAUCACAGACUGUUUUCCUUAUGUGUGGUUGGGUGUAUUUUGUCAAGAAACUAUUUAAAGACUAUGAAGUGCAUCACAAAACCAUUCAACUAAUAUUCUCAGUCACUUUCUGUUUAUCCUGUACAAUGUUUGAAUUAAUCAUAUUCGAAAUUGUUGGUAUACUGGAACCCAGCUCUCGCUAUAUAUUUUGGAAUAUAAUACUUUACAAAAUGUUAUUUAUGGUUGUUGUACUUAUACCAUUUUACUUAUGUUAUUUUACUUUGAGUAAUAUGUAUCCAUUUUUUCAAAAGAAAGUUGGAAUUUUGGCUUCAGUUAUUUGGAUAUUGUAUUUAUUCUUAUUUUGGAAAAUGGGUGACCCAUUUCCUAUGUUGCCACAAGAAAAAAAAGGCCAUUUAUUUAUAGAAAACUGUAUUAGCAGAAUUGGCGUCAUCGGUGUAACAGUUAUGGCAUUAUUAUCUGGUUUUGGUGCUGUUAACUACCCUUAUUCUUCAAUGGCGUAUUUUAUUAAAGCAGUAACCGGAGAUGAUGUCAUAAACGUGGAAAAACAACUUCUUCAAACAAUUGAUGUCAUUACAGCUAAGAAAAAAAAAAUUUUAUUGGCAGAAACCAAUGCUGGCGUGAGUACUUUUGGAUUUAUGGAUAUGUUAAAAAGAGUCAAGUCAAAUGUAUCCAGUGAUUUAAGGGGAAUUAAAAGCGAUAUUAAAGCAUUAGAAGAGCUUAGUAGACAUUUAUUUUUGGACACACAUGACCUGAACAACACUCUGGAGCGAACUGCUUGGGCCAAAACAUGGAAAGGGAAAUACUUCAAUUUCCUAGGUUAUUUUUUCUCAUUAUAUUGUGUCUGGAAAAUAAUCAUAUCCACCUUAAAUAUAAUGUUACAAAGAGUGGGGAAAAAAGAUCCAGUUACUAGAGGAAUGGAGAUUUUAGUUGAAUUGGUUGGCAUUGAUGUUGAUGUAUCAUUUUGGUCACAACAUGUAUCAUUUUUAUUGGUCGGUUGUAUCGCAUUCACAUCAAUAAGAGGUCUCCUCUUAACUUUAACAAAGUUUUUCUAUGCACUUUCGAGCAGUAAAUCAUCAAAUAUUAUUGUAUUAAUAUUUGCCCAACUUAUGGGCAUGUAUUUUGUAUCAUCUGUAUUAUUAAUGCGUAUGAAUAUGCCAGCCGAGUAUAGAGCUAUCAUUACAGAAGUACUUGGUGAUCUACAGUUUAGUUUUUACCAUCGCUGGUUUGAUGUUAUAUUUUUAGUAAGUGCGGUUUCAUCACUUACAUUUUUAACAUUUGCACACAAGCAGAGUAAAGUAGACCUACCACCUAUGAUUUAA